UCGUGCUAGUAAACAUUUAAGAAUGUUUAAUAAAUCUUACAUAGCGUUAAUUCUGUAUUGCUGUUUGCUAGUUAAAAUUGUAGUAGCAGUAUCUCCACCUCAGAUUAGGAACCUCCAAUGUGAUUGCGGAGUUGCUAAUGAAAGGACGUCGAAAAUUGUAGGUGGUGCUGUGGUUACUCCAUAUAAAUAUCCUUGGAUGGUUACAGUACAGGCAGAUUCGGCUAAUGGGUUGUCAGUUUGCGGAGGGGCUUUAAUUACUCGUCAGUACGUCUUGACUGCAGCCCAUUGUCUGGAAGAUCAUUGGAGCGUAUCCGUCGGAAUAGCUGUUCAUGAUUUGGCCAGGCCAGGUCAGAUGAUACCAGCCUCAGAAAAGAUAAUUCAUCCAAACUAUAUUGGAGAACCGUUUUACGACGUUGGUUUAAUCAAACUUUCGGAAGCAGUUACACUAUCGGAAGAAGUUGGAACCCUUUGCUUGCCUCACAAUGUGAAAUAUGAACAACCUGGCAGGCAUGCCUUUGCUGCGGGGUGGGGAAGAAUAAGGCCUCCAACCUCACCCAAAGGUAAAGAUGGUCCAGUGAGACGGUUUUUAAAGGAAAUCGAUCUGAAAAUAUUACAAGCUGAUGAAUGGUUAAUCUCAGCCGAAGGAAUAACUGGCAGUGGUGUUUGCAAUGGUGAUUCUGGUUCCCCCUUAUUUACAAGAUAUGAAGAUGGAAGGUUCCACGUGAUUGGAGUGACCUCAAUAGGAUUAAAAUAUUGCUCGGGACCCUCCUUUUAUCCUAGAAUAUCUGCUCUUAAUCAGUGGAUUAUGAGUAAUAUCAUGGAUUCAGCACCAUGUGAAACGGCUAGUCACCAAAAAGCACUAAAUGAAACCAACUACUUGUGAAACUUCAUCAAAACCCUUUUACUAUACUUACGAGAAUUAUUCUAAAUGGAAGCCGAUUUGAUGAAUAUAUACGAGAUGAGGAUAAUGUUCUGAAAGUUAAUCUGGAGGUUUCUGCAAAAUUCAUAUGAAAUAAUUUAUGUAAAAUGUAUGUAAAUUUAUGUGAGUAAAAUGUUUCAAAUAAUUACUAUUGUAAA